AUGGGUUCAAUCAACUUAUUCGAACCCACCUUGAGGGGGAGUGUUGGAAAAGGAAGAAAGUCAGAAGCAAAAGAGGUCUUAGAGGUUGCACAUGCUAGGUUGCUUGUGCAGACCUAUCAUCACAGACCUCAGGGUAAAAAGGAGCAACCUUUCCUGCAAAGCAGGAAAGCUUUUAUAGGAAAGUUGAUACAUUUGACAAAACUAUAUCUUGGUAACAACCAACUCUCUAGGUUAAUACCUCAAGAAGUUGGAUUGUUGAGAUUUGUUAUCAACCUUCAAUUAUCAUCUAAUUCUCUCACUGAUUCAAUCCCAUCUUCUAUAAGAAACUUGACAAAAUUAUUAAAUUUGUAUCUUUACAUCAACCAACUUUCUCGUUCAAUACCUCAAGAAGUUGGAAUGUUGAGAUCUGUCACUCACCUUGAUUUAUCAUCUAAUUCUCUCACAGUUUCAAUCCCAAAAUCUAUUAGAAACUUGACCAAACUUUCACUUCUUUAUCUUUAUCGGAACCAAAUUUCUGCUUCAAUACCUUAUGAACUUCAAAAUUUAAUAUUUGUUAAUGUCCUUGCAUUGUCGUAUAAUAAUCUCACUAAACCUAUACCAGCUUCUAUAGGAAACUUGAUAAAUUUGUCCACCCUAUAUCUUAGUAACAAACAACUUUCUGGUUAUACACCUGAAGAAGUUGGAAUGUUGAGAUCUGUCACCCACCUUCAAUUAUCAUAUAAUUCUCUCAUUGGUUCAAUCCCAUUUUCUAUAGCAAAUUUAACAAAAUUAUCAAUUCUUUAUCUUCACACCAACCAACUCUCCGCUUCUAUACCUCAAGAACUUAGAAUGUUGAGAUCUGUCACCGACCUUGAUUUAUCAUCUAACUAUCUCACAGAUUUUCGCAAUUUAUCGACCUUGAAAGUGUCGAAGAAUAGAAUUUCAAGAAAAAUACCAGCCGAACUUGCUAACACAACUCAGCUGCAGUCAGUUGAUCUCUCAUCAAACCAACUUGUUGGAGAGAUUCCUAAGGAAAUAGGAAAGUCAAAGUUGUUACAACUUCUUCUCCAAGAUAACAAGCUUUCAGGUGGUAUUCCUACAGAAAUCGGAAAGUUAUCUAGACUUGAACGCCUUAACUUGGCAGCAAACAAUCUAAGCGGGGCAAUUCCAAAGCAGAUUGGGGAGUGCUCAAAGCUAUUAUUCUUAAAUCUCAGCAUGAAUAAAUUUACAAAGAGCAUCCCUUCAGAGAUAAGCAAUUUACACGUUGUAGAAAGUGUUGAUCUUAGCCAAAAUCUAUUAAGAGAAGAGAUACCACAACAGUUUGGACAGUUGCAAAGCUUAGAAACAUUGAACCUCUCCCAAAAUUUGCUGUCAGGAUCCAUUAUGAGAAAAUUCAGUUUGGAUAAAUUUCUGACUUGUUUAUUAUUGAUUGCUACCAUAGUUUAUAUACAAAGUGGACCACGAAAUUGA